GGGAUUCAUCGCGUGUAUUUCAGGCUUUACGCUCACAGAAGGCGGAGAGAUUUCCCACAUUUACUUACAACUACACACACACACACACAUGUCCAGUGAGGAAAAGUGAGGGUGCUGUGGUGUCAUCCUGUUCAAGAGGGAGAAGAAAACAUCUGAGAGACAUCGUGAACCAUGUCCUCAUGUGUGGUGAGGUCCAGGGGUAAAAACCCCUACACAGCGGUGCAGGUGGACCCAGACAGUGAUUAUAUCACACCAGGGACUUUAGACCUGGAGCAGCUGUUCUGGAGCGGCACCGUGGCCCAGUAUUCACACUUCAACCUGGUGUGGCCUAGUAUUUACAUCGGAGAUGAGAAAACAGCUCUAGAGCGCCCUGGCCUGAGAGAGCUGGGUAUCACACAUGUUCUGAAUGCUGCAGAGGGGAAGUGGAAUAACGUUCUGACUGGUGCUGAAUACUACAGUGACAUGAACAUUCAGUACUUUGGUGUGGAGGCUGACGACAAACCCAGCUUUAACAUUUCCCAGUUCUUCUGUCCUGCAACCCAGUUCAUCCACCAGGCCCUGGGUCAGCCACAGAACAAGAUCCUUGUCCAUUGUGUGAUGGGUCGCAGCAGGUCAGCCACCCUUGUCUUGGCUUACCUGAUGAUGAAACACAGGCUGACAGUAGUGGACGCUAUUGAGCAUGUGCGGCAGCGACGCUGUAUCCUGCCUAAUCACGGCUUCCUCAAACAACUCAGAGCUCUGGACAUCACACUACAGGAGGAGCGACUCAAAGAAAAACGAACGCUGCAACAACAGUAGCAGACAUGGACGGUGAUCCAACUCAGGGAUUUAAACACUUCUGGACCAUUUUGUUAUUAGGUUUUUUUCCCAUAACUUUUUAGUGGUUCGCAAGAAUUCAGAGGAGCAUUUUCUUUACAAAAAUAAAUCAGGGAAUCUCACAUAAUGAAUAACUUUUUACUUUUAUCAGGUCAGAUUAGCUAGUGUACAUAAUAUAAUUUAUUAGCUGGGAUGCAGCCCUCUGUCUGUCAUUUUCCUUUUUAGGAAGUGUUAACAGAAUUUGUCUUUAGAUCUGUAUUAGACUAAAACAGAAUUCUAGCUUAACACAGCUUCAAUACUUGUCUGGUGUUGCCAGAUAUCUUUAGUUUAUUUAUGACAAUAGUAAGUAGUUUUCAAACUCUUGUUUAUUUAUUUAUGAGAAGACCAGCUGUUAUUAAGAAAGAUCACAUAGUCAGAAGUGCACAGUUUAACAGAACAAAGCAUGCUCAGUGCUGUCAUACUUAGCACUCUGGUUCUGCUGUGUACGAGUACUGCCAAAGAGUACUCACCAAAUACUUUUGGUUUUAAGUAAUUACUUUUGUGCGCGCGAAGAUUCAUAUAAUUAAAUCCUGUUUAAAAAAAAAAGAAAAAGAACGCUGCAUGAUUUCAUCACCUCAUAUUUUCCAUACCAACAGUACAAGGUCACAGAGGUCUUUUGGUGUAU